AUGACCUUUUUCCAAGCAAAGCGGGGCCCAUCGACCCGGGGCCCUUCCCCGAGCGCGGACGCCCUCGAGUCACACGAAAGAGCACAAAUUCAAAAAACAACGGAAGCCAAGUUGCUUUGUACCUUGGAUUUGCAUUCAAAUCCAUUCCAAGCCAAAAAGGCAACUCAAGCAAAGGCCAAAGCAACUCAAGCAAGCCGAAAGCAACUUAAGCAAGCCAAAGCAACUCAAGCAAGCCAAAAGGCAACUCAAGCCAAGCCAAAGCAACUUAAAACAAAGAAGCCAAAGCCAAGCCAAAGCGCAACUCAAGCAACCAAAAGCAACUCAAAAGCAAGGCCAAACAAACUCAGAGGCAAGCCAAAGCAACUUAAACAAAGCCAAAGGCAAGCCCCAAAGCAACUCAAGAAGCCAAAGCAACUCCAAGCCAAGCCAAAAUCAACUCAAGCAAGCCAAGCAACUCAAGCAAGAGCUAAAGCAACUCAAGCAAGCCAAAGCAACUCAAGCAAACCAAAGCAACUCAAGUCCCCCCCCCCCGCCGCCCGCCCCCCAAAGGCCAGCCAAUUUUACAGCCAAGCAAGCCAAAACCAACCUCAAAGGCAAAGCAAAAGCAACCUCAAGCAAGCAGCAACUCAAGCAAGCCAAACAACCUCAAGCAAGCACAAGAAGCAACUCAGCAAGCAAAAGCAACUCAAGCAAGCCAAAGCAACUCAAGCAAGCAAAGCAAAAAACUCAAAGCAAGCCAAAGCAAGCCAAAAGCACUCAAGCAGCCAAAGCAAGCCCAAAGCACCCCUCAAGCAAGCCAAAGCAAGCCAAAGCAAGCCACCCUUAAAACACAGGCCCUAUGCACGAUGGGGAUAA